UUAUUAUUAAUUAUUCUACAGUAGUUACAACUUUCGACCCGAGUUCCCGCUCUUCAGAAUCAUAAACCCCCGGUCGCAACAAGCAUUAACUGACAAGCACCAGUACAGUACAGUAGUUCUUAAGUUGGAGCUGGGAUCAUGGAUACAACAAUCAUCCAUUCCUGUCAUGGCCCUCUAGCCCAGACUAACCUCUAGUUCCGCUGCUAGAACUGCUGUGGACUCUGACACAACAACUAGCCUGAAGGAGACAUCGGGUGGGCGUCAUAUCGCGCCUCAGUGGAAACAAUGAUUUUUUCGGGAGUCAUUCUUGUCGGCAAAUUCUGGGCUGAGGAUUCAAAGCAUCCUAUCGAAGUAGAUGCGGGAAAGUGUUAUGUAUGGGAUGCAUCUUGCUAUGGAAGUGGAUGUGGAAGUGGAUGUGGAAGUGGUGGUGGUGGUGGCAAUGACUCGGCGCAAGAACCUUCACAACACUUCUUAGUUAGUUACGUCUUCUUUUGAUAUGGAUAACUACUGCGUACAGGACAGUGUGACUGGUUAACUGGUUUUGGUGGUGGUUAAUAAGUUGGUGAUGACCGUGAUUGAUGUGCCUAGCGGUGAUUCUAUACGAAGACGGUCGGUCAGUAAUCAGUGAUCAGUGGUCAUGCUGGGGGAGGGUUUGCCUUUUUUGUUUUUUCUGUUUCUUCUUCUUCUUGAUAACUUAAUUAUUUUAUAUGAGAUAAAUAACUUAAUAGUUAUCAGCGUAUACCCCAUGAAUAGCCAGUAUUAUUAUUACGGCUGUAUCCCAUCAUUCCCAUCAUCCUCCCUCUCCCACGUCAUCGCCCUCCCAGCGGCCCCCGGAACCAGUUUGAAUUUCUUCGCCGGCGCCACGAAUAAAUAACUUAAAUAAUACACUAACAAAGUUAGCGGCCUUGCGGGAUCCUGAUUCCUGGUCCUGAGCUUAAUUAGUUAUUUUAAUUAUCGGCUCGGCGGUUGUUGUUCUUGAAACCCAGAGUUAGAUUAUUUAUAAUAAUAAGAAUAAGAAUCCCCUUCAAUCCCGCGAACUACUUUACUCUUGAAGAACACGAUCACCCGCCCGGUUGAGAAUCGCCAAAUUAAUUCUUUUUAUUUAAAAUCACUCCCCCCCCCCCCCUCCUCUAUCAAACCUCCACUCGACGCUCGUAAAGCUGAUCGACUGGAAAAGUAAUUCUUAUUAUUAGAUCUCAGGUAUCGCAGAUCUAUCGGAUAAUAAAUAGCUACAGCUCAAAACACUGGAGAAUAUCAACGUCAGGAUCAACUCCGCCAUGCAGAACAUCAUUGUCGGCCUACGAGGCGCUCAGGUCGUCCUGGCCAUCAUCAUCCUUGGCCUGACUGGAUGGGUCGUCAACCGCACCGGCGGCAACUCCGACGAAACGAACUUCCUCCUCUUCGACUCCAUCUGGACCUUCAUCAUCGCCGUCCCGUAUCUCGUCCUCGCGCCACUCUACCUCCAGAAGUUCGCGCACAAGUACGCCCUCAUCGCCGUCGAGGCCGUCACCCUGCUCUUCUGGUUCGCAGGCUUCAUCGCCGUAGCCGCCGUGCUGCCGCCCACCUCGGUGUGCAGGCAUUCAUCCGUCUGCAAGGGCUUGCAGGCUGCCACGGUGUUUGGCGCGUUUGAGUGGCUCCUCUUCGUCGCCACGACCGUCCUCGUCGUCGUCCUCCCCAUCCUGCGUGGUGGUGGCGAUAGCACCCCAAAGCCCGAAGCCGCGGUCGACAUGCAGGCGCAUCCAGGCGUAUAAAAAGAUAAAAUAAUAAAAUAAUACUGAAAAAAAAAAAAAAAAAAAGAAAAAAGAAAGAAAAAACCCCAAACUUGGGAAAGACCAACAAAUUUUUUUGUCCUCGGGCGAACCGAACCCGGGAUCACCUCGAACCCCCGCCCCACCUCUUCCAAGUUUUUCGCCCAUUUUUGCCAUUUUGCUCCCCACUCACAAGUCACACUUCACGCGAAAUUGUUCCCUUUCCCAACAGAAGGGAACUCCAUGACGGAAACCCGGACGGGCCGUGUUCGGCUUUUCAAAAAUAUAUAUAUAUAUAUAUUUGAUAUUAGCUAUUUAUGGGUGCGGUGCAGUGGACGUAUGGUUUAUUCAUCAUUUUCAAAUCGAUAAUGAUACUAUGACGAUGGAUAUGGGUAUGGGUGGGAUAUGAAUAUGGAAGAUGAAAUAUGGCUGGAAAUUUGUUUUUUUUUUUUUCUUUUCUCUGUUUCUUUCCCCCCGAUACCCAUGUUAUUCAUGUUUUAAACGAUGCCUGCGAAUCCUUUCUAUCCCAUUCCACUGAGCCCUUUUUCACCCUGGUUUUAACUCUUAUUUCUUUACUUAUUUAUUUUCCCACCGCUCACCUACCUACCUACCUACCUAUUAUUAUCAUCAAUGUUGUGGAUGGAAAUAUACCCCAGCCAGCUCACGAGUUUUACCAUGUCUUCUACUCCGCUCCUUUUUUAUCUACAUAACCACGUAAAUAUAUAAUGAACCCCCAAAUGCUGAACUUUUCCCAGUUUAUGUUCACAGCCCUUUCCUAUUCGAAAUUUUUUUUUUUUUUUUUUGUUUUUCCCCGUUACUGAAUUUUGCGUAAUUGGGCUAUUAUUAGGUAGUUAACGUUAUAUAUCUGUAUACACAUGCAAGCUGCUUAUAUGAGAAACCAGUGUGGAAUAAUGAAGGGAAGGAAUUUUAUGCCUCUGUACAUACUAUUAGUACUCCAUAUAUGUAUUUCUUCUGAGUUAGUUCUCACCUUGCUUGCUUGCUUGCAACCUGCCCUGUGUGCAGUUUUUCAACAUCAGAUAUAACUAUCCCAUGCAGUCUGUAAGAAAAGAAGUGAUAUCAAACUAAUGCAUGAUUUUUUAUUUUUUAUUUUUUAUUCUUUCACUGCAAUUGAGAACUCCUUUUCAUCUUCUCUUUUAAGUCCUUCAGUUAUCUAUCAUCUUUCAUCAUGCAAAGCAGUGUCUUUUUCUUUCUUGCAUACACCACAUGCAUGUAAAGUGUCAUGACCUCAAAUGCAAAACACCCUCAAGUGCUCCUUCAAUGAUCCCUGCACGGAUAGGAAAACAUGUAAUGUACAAGGCUCUGCAGUGAUGAAUAUUCCCUGCUCCCUGAGUGCUCAGGCCUGUAGGAGGCAGAUGCAUUAUGAAGGGAAGCAUAUUCUAAUGUAAUAUAUUAUUAUGUUUAUUAAUUCCAUGUCAAAUGAUCUUUUUGAAUCAAAGCCCAA